UUGUCAUGGAGUCCGAAUUACCUACAUUAGAAGACCAAUUCUUUGCAUUUUCCAAGUUCCGUAAUUCCAAAUCUGAUGGUAGUACUAUCACACUAUACCAGAGCGACUAUUGGUUGCGGCAGGCAAAUAUAUUGGAGGACAGGAGACUGACUAUGACUGACACUGGAAUCAUUUGGCAUAAAUAUAUUUUUACACAUCUAACUUUUGUGGCGUGGUCCGCAAUGUUGCAAGAACUUUGUGAGACCAAGGGUUUUGAUCUUGACGAUGUGUGCGUGCAACUCGUAAGCUGUGGCCUACCAGGGACCGUCCACGUUUUCAUACCUCAGUACAGACUGUUUUUCGAUACUUAUAAAUCCAAAAAUGCACUAAUUAACGUGAAGACAAAAGAACAAUUUUACUAAUCAGAAAUGAAUUGUGAGUAUUUUAAUUUGUAAUUCCGCUAAAUGCCUAAGGAAGAAUGAU